UAAUCUAAUCCAGAAUGAUUAAAGUAGCUAAUCUUAACAAGUAGUUCGAGCAUCAGCCACAAGCGAGAUGUUUUUGUAAGCUAAUACCCAUAUAACGCAUAAUGUGUUAAAAAGCUUAGCGGAAUAAAUUACUCGAAUAUUGUCGGACACCACUGUCUUGGUGGGAGAGAUAAUAUAUACUCAAUAUCAUAAUCAAAUCUACUCUCUUCACACCAAACAUGGAAGACAAGGGUAGAAAAGUUGUUGUUUCCGCUCUUCAGUUUGCUUGCACCGAUCACGUCUCAACCAAUGUCGCCACCGCCGAAAGGUUUCUCUUCUUAUCUCAUUAUAGCACCUUUACCCAUAUACUUCAUUAUAUAAACCACCCAUUUUGUUAUAGUCUAUACUUUAAUCAAUAUGAAUACAAAAUGUUUUACAUGCUUAUGGAUCUUUGGUGCAGACUUGUUCGAGAUGCUCAUAAACUGGGUGCAAACAUUAUUCUCAUUCAGGAACUUUUUGAAGGCUAUUACUUCUGUCAGGCACAGAGAGAGGAUUUCUUUCAAAGAGCUAAGCCCUAUAAGGACCAUCCUACAAUUAUAAGGAUGCAGAAACUUGCAAAAGAGUUAGGUGUAGUCAUACCGGUUAGCUUCUUCGAGGAGGCAAACAAUGCACAUUAUAACUCAAUAGCCAUUAUUGAUGCUGAUGGUACAGAUCUUGGAAUUUAUAGGAAAUCUCAUAUUCCAGAUGGACCAGGUUAUGAGGAAAAGUUCUAUUUUAAUCCGGGUGACACUGGAUUUAAGGUUUUCCAGACAAAAUAUGCAAAAAUCGGAGUUGCUAUUUGCUGGGAUCAGUGGUUUCCAGAGGCAGCCCGAGCAAUGGCGCUUCAAGGUGCUGAGAUUUUAUUUUAUCCAACCGCUAUUGGAUCUGAACCUCACGAUCAAAGCAUCGAUUCUCGUGACCAUUGGAAACGAGUAAUGCAAGGACAUGCUGGGGCCAAUCUCGUACCUCUCGUGGCUUCAAACAGGACAGGUAAUGAGAUAAUUGAGACCGAGCAUGGAAAAAGUGAGAUAAAGUUUUAUGGAAACUCCUUCAUAGCAGGGCCUACUGGAGAAAUUGUUUCAAUUGCUGAUGAUAAAGAGGAGGCGGUUCUUAUUGCUGAAUUUGAUUUGGACAAAAUCAAAUCCACGAGGCAUUGUUGGGGGGUAUUCCGUGAUCGGCGUCCAGAUCUAUAUAAGGUGCUUUUAACAUUAGAUGGAAACAAUCCUGUUCGUUGAUAGAUAAACAUUUUACUUCGUCAAUGCUGUAUAAUUAUGCCCAGGAUGGUUUAAGCCUUUUCAACACAAAAACACCAUCAGUGAAUUCCAUGUAAUUUAAUAAAUACACGCAUUAAAGAUCAAUGAGCAAACUAUUUUUUUUAAUGUAUUUUGGUGUUUCGUUUCU